AUGACGUUACCGCCUGGAUAUGUCAAGGUUAAUAUCGAAGUUGCUAUUGUGCCAAAUGCUCAAUUGCCUAUAUCUAUUGAAGGUGGUGAUGUAUCGAUGGUUUGUCAGGCAAUAGGAACAGUUGUGCCAUGGCCAAUGAAACUUCUUGAAUUUGUUGUUGAAUGUGAAAAGAAUCCUGAUCAAUCCCAAAACAAAGAAUACCCAACAAAGUGUUGA